AUGUACUCGUUAGUUCGAGAACGUCCCGGUGAGCCGCAUAGCGGCAGUCCAGAAUCUUCGAGGUCACUUCGCGUCGAUCUCGAAGGAGAGUCCCUGGCGCAGUCCCCAACAGAUGUCGCUAGUAGUACCACUCGGUGUCAGCCUGGCAUCGAAGGAGAGUCACUGGCGCGAUUUAGAACAGAUGGCGCUGGUAGUACUAUUUAUUCUUGUUAA